AUGGAUUCGGUCGCCAGAAGCUUCGACCCUGGUCCCCACAGGCCCUUCCCCAUCUCCUUCACUAACGGCACUCUAAAGAAACAUCUACCCCACCCGCCGGCGGAGGAGGAGCACCCCCAGUACCGGGAGUGCCUCCGGAACCACGCCGCCAGCCUCGGCGGACACGCCGUCGACGGUUGCUGCGAGUUCAUGCCCUCCCCCUCCGCCGACCCCGCCGUCCCCACCUCCCUCACCUGCGACGCCUGCGGCUGUCACCGUAACUUCCACCGCCGCCUCCCCACCGACCCCCGCAUCCGCCGCGACGAGACCGACGGCGACGACGACGAGGAGGAGGACGGCGGGGGCGCCGGCAUCGCCGGACCCGGGUCCGCCCAAGCCAUCGCCGCCCCCGUAGCGGCGGCGUCUUCGGGGGGGUUUCAGGCCGCAGCGCCGGUGCCGAGGAAGAGGUUCAGGACGAAGUUCAGCGCGGAGCAGAAGAAGAGGAUGCAGGAGAUGUCGGAGCGGCUGGGCUGGAGGAUGCCGAAGAAGGACGAUGCGGUCGUCGAGGAAUUCUGCCGUCAAGUCGGCGUGGAGAGGGGGGUCUUCAAGGUGUGGAUGCAUAACAACAAGCACGCCUAUCAUGGCAGCCCGUCGUCGACGAGAAGGGAAACGAGCGGCGGCGGCGGCGGCGGUGAUGGUGAGGGGAAUGGCAGAGGUGCCGGCGGCGACAAUAGGGGCGACAGCAAUUAUGCAGUCAACGGUUCUCCUUCUUCCUCUUGA